CGAUUAUUUGUUCAAACUGCUACUUAUAGGCGACUCUGGAGUGGGAAAAUCCUGUUUGCUUUUGCGAUUCGCCGAUGAUACAUAUACAGAAACGUACAUAAGCACGAUUGGUGUUGAUUUUAAAAUUCGCACAAUCGAGCUUGAUGGCCGGAUUGUAAAGUUACAAAUCUGGGAUACUGCGGGUCAAGAGCGUUUUCGGACCAUUACUUCAUCUUACUACCGUGGAGCACAAGGAAUAAUUGUGGUAUAUGACGUCACUGACCUCCAAUCCUUUAAUAAUGUCUCCACAUGGCUCCGUGAAAUUGAGUUAUAUGCUCACAUGAACGUAAACAGGCUUCUUGUUGGCAACAAAUGCGAUAUGGCUACUAAGAAAGUCGUCGAUACAGACCGUGCCUACAGAUAUGCAGAAGAAUUGGGUAUUCCGUUUUUGGAAACAAGUGCAAAAGAUGCUACAAACGUGGAGGAGGCCUUCAUUAAGAUGGCUCAACAGAUCAAAGCACAUACUGUACCACUUCAAGGUAGCCCUGCUUCCACUGUCACCGUCAACAACACCCAACCCGUAAAGCAAAGCAGUGGUGGCUGCUGCUAA